AUGACCUCGUCCUCUUCGCCCACCGCACCUUCUCUCUCCACCUCUUCCACCUCGACCUCGUCAUCGCCACCGCCUGCGCUAGAGUGGCUCCCCCACUCCACGCCCCGCUACGCCUGCGCCGACUGCGGCGCGCAUCUAGCUCUCCAAGACGAGUUGAUCAGCAAGAGCUUCUCGGGCCGCGACGGCAAGGCGUACCUCUUCGCCUCUACGAUCAACACCGCUCUCGGCGCACAGGAAGAGCGGCACCUGCUCACGGGCAUGCACACCGUGUGCGACCUCAGCUGCCGCGGCUGCGGCCGCACGCUCGGCUGGUUCUACCUCAAAGCGUGGGAGGCCUCGCAAAAGUACAAGGAGGGCAAGUGGAUCAUGGAAAAGGCGAGCCUGCACAAGAUCAACGCAUGGUAA